GGGUGCUGGGGAGCAGAGGGGCAGGCUCGGGCAACUCCUCAGCGGCGCCGGCGAUGAUAAAACUUGAGAAAUAACAAGGAGUGGCCUCUCCGCGUCCUCUGGGUCCAAUCCGGUUUCAGAAGUGAAGUUGCUCCCGGCCAGGCAAGCCUGAGAGAGGCCAAAGACACUUAAAAACAAGCAGCGGCGAGAAAAGCACCUCCCGCGCCCUGAACCUCGGCAGGUCUCGCUCUCGGCACCCUCCCGGCGCCCGCGUUCUCCUGGCCCUGGCGCCCGGCAUCCCGAUGGCCGCCGCUGGGCUCCGGCGCUCCGUGCGCGGAGCCGUCCGUCUGCAUCUGCUGCUGACCCUCGUGAUCUUCAGUCUUCCUGGUGAAGCCUGCAAAAAGGUGAUACUUAAUGUACCUUCUAAACUAGAGGCAGACAAAAUAAUUGGCAGAGUUAAUUUGAAAGAGUGCUUCAGAUCUGCAGACCUCAUCCAGUCAAGUGAUCCUGAUUUCAGAGUUCUAAAUAAUGGGUCAGUGUACACAGCCAGGGCUGUUGUGCUGUCUGAUAAGAAAAGAUCAUUUACCAUAUGGCUUUCUGACAAAACGAAACAGACACAGAAAGAGGUUACUGUGCUGCUAGAACAUCAGAAGAAGGUACUGAAGAAAAGACACACUAGAGAAACUGUUCUCAGGCGUGCCAAGAGGAGAUGGGCACCUAUUCCUUGCUCUAUGCAAGAGAAUUCCUUGGGCCCUUUCCCAUUGUUUCUUCAACAAGUUGAAUCUGAUGCAGCACAGAACUAUACUAUCUUCUACUCAAUAAGUGGACGUGGAGUUGAUCAAGAACCUUUAAAUUUGUUUUAUAUAGAAAGAGACACUGGAAAUCUAUUUUGCACUCAGCCUGUGGAUCGUGAAGAAUAUGAUGUUUUUGAUUUGAUUGCUUAUGCGUCAACUGCAGAUGGAUAUUCAGCAGAUCUGCCCCUCCCACUACCCAUCAGAGUAGAGGAUGAAAAUGACAACCACCCUGUUUUCACAGAAGCAAUUUAUAAUUUUGAAGUUUUGGAAAGUAGUAGACCUGGUACUACAGUGGGGGUGGUUUGUGCCACAGACAGAGAUGAACCGGACACAAUGCAUACGCGCCUGAAAUACAGCAUUUUGCAACAGACACCAAGAUCGCCUGGGCUCUUUUCUGUGCAUCCCAGCACAGGCGUAAUCACCACAGUCUCUCAUUAUUUGGACAGAGAGGUUGUAGACAAGUACUCAUUGAUAAUGAAAGUACAAGACAUGGAUGGCCAGUUUUUUGGAUUGAUAGGCACAUCAACUUGUAUCAUAACAGUAACAGAUGCAAAUGAUAAUGCACCCACUUUCAGACAAAAUGCUUAUGAGGCAUUUGUAGAGGAAAAUGCAUUCAAUGUGGAAAUCUUACGAAUACCUAUAGAAGAUAAGGAUUUAAUUAACACUGCCAAUUGGAGAGUCAAUUUUACCAUUUUAAAGGGAAAUGAAAAUGGACAUUUCAAAAUCAGCACAGACAAAGAAACUAAUGAAGGUGUUCUUUGUGUUGUAAAGCCACUGAAUUACGAAGAAAACCGUCAAGUGAACCUGGAAAUUGGAGUAAACAAUGAAGUGCCAUUUGCUAGAGAUAUUCCCAGAGUGACAGCCUUGAACAGAGCCUUGGUUACAGUUCAUGUGAGGGAUCUGGAUGAGGGGCCUGAAUGCACCCCUGCAGCCCAAUAUGUGCGGAUUAAAGAAAACUUAGCAGUGGGGUCAAAGAUCAACGGCUAUAAGGCAUAUGACCCCGAAAAUAGAAAUGGCAAUGGUUUAAGGUAUAAAAAAUUGCAUGAUCCUAAAGGUUGGAUCACCAUUGAUGAAAUUUCAGGGUCAAUCAUAACUUCCAAAAUCCUGGAUAGGGAGGUCGAAACUCCCAAAAAUGAGUUGUAUAAUAUUACAGUCCUGGCGAUAGACAAAGAUGAUAGAUCAUGUACUGGAACACUUGCUGUGAACAUUGAAGAUGUAAAUGAUAAUCCACCAGAAAUACUUCAAGAAUAUGUAGUCAUUUGCAAACCAAAAAUGGCGUAUACUGACAUUUUAGCUGUUGAUCCCGAUGAACCUGUCCAUGGAGCUCCAUUUUAUUUCAGUUUGCCCAAUACUUCUCCAGAAAUCAGUAGACUGUGGAGCCUCACCAAAGUUAAUGACACAGCUGCCCGUCUUUCAUACCAGAAAAAUGCUGGAUUUCAAAAAUAUACCAUUCCUAUUACUGUAAAAGACAGGGCCGGCCAAGCUGCAACAAAAUUAUUGACAGUUAAUCUAUGUGAAUGUACUCAUCCAACUCAGUGUCGUGCGACUUCAAGGAGUGCAGGAGUAAUACUUGGAAAAUGGGCAAUCCUUGCAAUAUUACUGGGUAUAGCACUGCUCUUUUCUGUAUUGCUAACUUUAGUAUGUGGAGUUUUUGGUGCAACUAAAGGGAAACGUUUUCCUGAAGAUUUAGCACAGCAAAACUUAAUUAUAUCAAACACAGAAGCACCUGGAGACGAUAGAGUGUGCUCUGCCAAUGGAUUUAUGACCCAAACUGCCAACAACUCUAGCCAAGGUUUUUGUGGUACUAUGGGAUCAGGAAUGAAAAAUGGAGGGCAGGAAACCAUUGAAAUGAUGAAAGGAGGAAACCAGACCUUGGAAUCCUGCCGGGGGGCUGGGCAUCAUCAUACCCUGGACUCCUGCAGGGGAGGACACACGGAGGUGGACAACUGCAGAUACACUUACUCGGAGUGGCACAGUUUUACUCAGCCCCGUCUCGGUGAAAAAUUGCAUCAAUGCAAUCAGAAUGAAGACCGCAUGCCAUCCCAAGAUUAUGUCCUCACUUAUAACUAUGAGGGAAGAGGAUCUCCAGCUGGUUCUGUGGGCUGCUGCAGUGAAAAACAGGAAGAAGAUGGCCUUGACUUUUUAAAUAAUUUGGAACCCAAAUUUAUUACAUUAGCAGAAGCAUGCACAAAGAAAUAAUGUCACUGUGCUACAAUUAGGUCUUUGUCAGACAUUCUGGAGGUUUCCAAAAAUAAUAUUGUAAAAUUCAAUUUCAACAUGUAUGUAUAUGAUGAUUUUUUUCUCAAUUUUGAAUUAUGCUACUCACCAAUUUAUAUUUUUAAAGUAAGUUGUUGCUUAUCUUUUCCAAAAAGUGAAAAAUGUUAAAACAGACAACUGGUAAAUCUUAAACUCCAGCACUGGAAUUAAGGUCUCUAAAGCAUCUGCUCUUUUUUUUUUUUUUACGGAUAUUUUAGUAAUAAAUAUGUUGGAUAAAUAUUAGUCCAACAAUAGCUAAGUUAUGCUAAUACCACAUUAUUAUAUAUUCACUUUGAGUAACAGUUUAAAAAAUAAACAAGAAAUAUUGAGUAUCACUAUGUGAAGAAAGUUUUGGAAAAGAAACAAUGAAGACUGAAUUAAAUUAAAAAUGUUGCAGCUCAUAAAGAAUUGGGACUCAUCCCUACUGCACUAUCAAAUUCAUUUGACUUUGGAGGCAAAAUUUGUUGAAGUACCCUAUGAAGUAGCAAUUUUCUAUAGGAAUAUAGUUGGAAAUAAAUGCGUGUGUGUAUAUUAUUAUUAAUCAAUGCAAUAUUUAAAAUGAAAUGAGAACAAAGAGGAAAAUGGUAAAAACUUGAAAUGAGACUGGGGUACAGUUUGUCCUACAAUAGAAAAAAGAGAGAGCUUUCUAGGCCUGGCUCUUAAAUGCUGCAUUGUAACUGAGUCUAUGAGGAAAUAGUUCCUGUCCAAUUUGUGUAAAUUGUUUAAAAUUGUAAAUAAAUUAAACUUUUCUGGUUUCUGUGGAAAGGAAAUAGGGAACUCAGUGGAACAGUAGGUUUGCUUUGCAGUCUGUUUCAAGAUUUCUGUAUCCACAAGUUAGUAGCAAACUGGGGAAUACUCGCUGCAGCUAGGGUUCCCUGCUUUUUGGUAGCAAGGGUCCAGAGAUGAGGUGUUUUUUUUGGGGAGCUAAUAACAAAAACAUUUUAAAACUUACCUUUACUGAAGUUAAAUCCUCUAUUGCUGUUUCUGUUCUCUCUUAUAUUGACCAACAUCUUUUUAAUUUAGAUCCAAAUAACCAUGUCCUCCUAGAGUUUAGAGGCUAGAGGGAGCUGAGGGAAGGAUCUUACUGAAAGCACCCUGGGGAGAUUGAUUGUCCUUAGACCUAAGCCCCACAAACUUGACACCUGAUCAGGGCCUGGGAGCUACAAAAUUUCAUUUUUCUCCUCACUGCCAUUCUUCUGAGUGGCAUUGGCGUGAAUCAAGGAAAGCCAGGCCUCGUGGGCCCCCUUCUUUCGGCUUUCUGCUAAAGCAACACCUCCAGCAGAGAUUCCCUUAAGUGACUCCAAGUUUUCCACCAUCCUUCAGCAUGAAUUAAUUUUUAAUCAGUUUGCUUUCUCCAGAGAAAUUUUAAAAUAAUAGAAGAAAUAGAAAUUUUGAAUGUAUGAAAGAAAAAGAUCAAGUUGUCAUUUUAGAACAGAGGGAACUUUGGGAGAAAGCAGCCCAAGUAGGUUAUUUGGACAGUCAGAGGGCAACAGGAAGACCUUCAAGGUCAAGGAGAGACCACAAGGAAUAUGGGUGGGAGUAAAGACAACAUCGUCUGCUUCACACUUUUUCCUAGGCUUGGCACUGCCUUUUCCUUUCUCAGGCCAAUGGCAACUGCCAUUUGAGUCCGGUGAGGGAUCAGCCAACCUCUUCUCUAUGGCUCACCUUAUUUGGAGUGAGAAAUCAAGGAGACAGAGCUGACUGCAUGAUGAGUCUGAAGGCAUUUGCAGGAUGAGCCUGAACUUGUUGUGCAGAACAAACAAGGCAUUCAUGGGAAUUGCUGUAUUCCUCCUGUAGCCCUCCCUCUGGGCACUAAGAAGGUCUAUGAAUUAAAUGUGUAUCUAAAAUUCUGAUUUAUUCCUACAUUUUCUGUUUUCUAAUUUGACCCUAAAAUCUAUGUGUUUUAGACUUAGACUUUUUAUUUCCACCCCCCCCCCCCCCCCUUUUUUUUGAGACGGAGUCUCGCUCUGACGCACAGGCUGGAGUGCAGUGGCUCCGAUCUCCCCCUCCCGGGUUCACGCCAUUCUCCUGCCUCAGCCUUCCGAGCUGCUGGGACUACAGGCGCCCGCCACCACGCCCGGCUAAUUUUUCGUAUUUUUAGUAGAGACGGGGUUUCACUGUGUUAGCCAGGGUGGUCUCGAUCUCCUGAUCUCGCGAUCUGCCCACCUUGGCCUCCCAAAGUGCUGGGAUUACAGGAGUGAGCCACCGCUCCAGGCCUUGUUUUCCGUUUAAAGUCUUCUUCUUUUAAUGUAAUCAUUUUGAACAUGUGUGAAAGUUGAUCAUACGAAUUGGAUCAAUCUUGAAAUACUCAACCAAAAGACAGUCGAGAAGCCAGGGGGAGAAAGAACUCAGGGCACAAAAUCUUGCUCUGAGAAUGGAAUUCUCUGCAAGCUUAGUUGCUGAAAUUUCCUGCUGUAACCGGAAGCCAGUUUUAUCUAAUGGCUACUGAAACACCCACUGUGUUUUGCGCACUCCCUCACUCACCAAUCAAAACCGGCCACGUCCCCGAGACCUUACUAGUGCCGAUAAACUUUCUCGAAGAGUAGCCAGUAUCACUUCCCUGUUUAUAAAACCUCUAACCAUCUCUUUGUUCUUUGAACAUGCUGAAAACCACCUGGUCUGCAUGUAUGCCCUAAUUUGUAAUUCUUUUCUCUCAAAUGAAAAUUUAAUUUUAGGGAUUCAUUUCUAUAUUUUCACAUAUGUAGUAUUAUUAUUUCCUUAUAUGUGUAAGGUGAAAUUUAUGGUAUUUGAGUGUGCAAGAAAAUAUAUUUUUAAAGCUUUCAUUUUCUCCCCCAGUGAAUGAUUUAGAAAUUUUUAUAUAAAUGUACAGAAUGUUUUUUCUUACUUUUAUAAGGAAGCAGCUGUCUAAAAUGCAGUGGGAUUUGUUUUGCAAUGUUUUAAACAGAGCUUUAAUAUUGCUAUUAAAAUAAGUUACUUUGCUUUUAAAGAAACUUGGCUGCUUAAAAUAAGCAAAAAUUGGAUGCGUAAAGUAAUAUUUACAGAUAUGGGGGGAUGUAAUAAAACAAUAUUAACUUGGUUUCUUGUUUUUGCUGUAUUUAGAGAUUAAAUAAUUCUAAGAUGAUCACAUUGCAAAAUUAUGCUUACGGCUGGCAUGGAAAUGGAAAUACUCAAUUAUGUCUUUGUUGUAUUAAUGGGGAAUAUUUUGGACAGUGUUUCAUUAUCAAAUUGUCAACAUCAUUAAUAUAUAUUGUAAUGUUGGGAAGAGAUCACUAUUUUGAAGCACAACUUUACAGAUGAGUAUCUAUGUAUACAUAUGUAUAAUAAAUUUUGAUUGGGUAUUAAAAGUAUUAGAAGGUGGUUAUAAUUGCAGAGUAUUCCAUGAAUAGUACACUGACACAGGGGUUUUACUUUGAGGAGCAGUGUAGUCAAGGGAAAACAUGAGUUAAAAAGAAAAGCAGGCAAUAUUGCAGUCUUGAUUCUGCCACGUACAGGAUAGAUAAUGCCUGAACUUUAAUCACAAGAUGAUCCAAACAUAAUGGUGCUCUGUGCUUCACAGUGAAUCUUUUCCCCAUGCAGAAGUGUGCUCCGCCACAAACGUAAGACUGAUCAUUUCAAAAAUCUAUGAGUUAUCUCAAAAGACUUACAUUUUAAUAUAGGUUGAACCAAAAUUUCAAUUCCAGCAACUUCUAUUGUAACCAUUAUUUUUAUGUAUGGCUUCAAGAAUGUUCAUUGGGUUUUUGUUUGUAAUAGCAAAAUACUGGAUACAUUUCAUGUGUCCCUCAGUAUUGACUUGGUUGAAUAUUGGGUCAUAAUGGUUGAGAAGCAUGGACGCUAGAGCCAGAAUGCUUGGAUAUGAAUCCUGGAUCUGUCACUUACUUCUGUGUGACCUUUGAAAGGCUACUUAUUUCCUCUCUUAGCUUUCUCAUUAAAAUCAAUGGACAAAGCCAA